CGGCACCUCUCGCUUUCACUCGCCCGUGUGAAGAGGCUAUCGCGGGCCCCGAGAGCUCAGUAUCCGCCGGACCGUCGCGUGGUUCGAUGUUGAGAACGUGUACGAACGUAUAUACGAGCUGGUGUUCCGUCGACCUGCCAGAAGAAAGUGAUCGUCGAGCUUCCUAACCAGGCGGGCGUCCUGCCGUUUUCUCUUUGAACUUGGCUCCUCGAGACCAGCACGAUAGUGUUCCGCUCGCAGAGACAGAGACAUUUUAUCAGGGGUUCGUGCGCCGUGUCAAAUCGUUACAAUGAAGAGACUCGACUCGUUCAGGUGCAGUUUGGCUCUACUGUCCACCGUGGUUCUCGUGACGUUGACAUUAGCGAUCACGACGGUUCGUCACUUCGACAUCUCAAAUUACCUCUACGGUGUGGAUCACGAUUUGCAGGCAAGGGCACGGGCAGGAAUCGAGGCUGAAAGAUUCAUUUAUCAAACGAAAGCCAAAUAUCAGAACAGACCGGAGUCGAACGAUCCACCAUGCAGGAUCAAGCCGGACAGACCCUGUCCACCGAGCAAGUACAGAACGCCUUCCGGUGCUUGCAACAACGUGAGACACCCGGUUUGGGGUUCUCGCGGCGCGCCAUUCCUCAAAUUAUUACCACCGGCGUACUCGGACGGAAUCGCCAGCCCCAGACGAUCCGUGGGUGGCCAAGCGCUUCCGAGACCAACGACAGCGGUGUCGAUCUUGUCGAACCAUCUCCGUCCGUCCCCGGAGCCUCACGAAGGUCUGACCAGCUUGUCCGGCGUGUGGUCCGAACUGAUACUGAACGACAUCGCGGCCACCGUGCGUUCCACCAGCCAGCCGAAUCUCUGUUGUUCGGGGACUUCCAGACACCCGGAAUGUUACGAGAUCCGCGAUGAAGAAGGGCAGUGCAUGGAGCACUGGCGCUCCGUCCCGAGUUUGACCGUGCACAAGUGCAACUUCGAGACGAGAGAACAGAUGAACGGAGCGUCCGCGUAUCUGGACGGUUCGCACGUCUACGGUCCGACCGACGAACAGUUGCAUCGUCUGAGGACGUACAGCCGAGGAAAGGUGGACGUGUCCGCGUGCGAGAUCUGUAACGGUACCGAGGGCAGGGCUCUCGGUACGAUUUACACCGCUCUCUUGAACGAGCACAACCGCAUAGCUGGCGGACUGUCCGAGGCGAACGAACACUGGCACGACACGAAACUGUUCCUGGAAGCGCGGAGAAUAGUCGUAGCCCAGAUACAGCACAUCACGCUGAACGAGUACCUGCCCAGCAUCCUGGGCGAGGGUGCCCGCGCCGACCCGGAACUGAUGCCGGUCGCCAGCGGCUUCUACGACGGUUACUCGUCGUCGAACGUUGCUGGGACGUACGACGCCGUUGCGCUGACGGCUCUCCGCGCUCUGACUUCGCUCCGCGGGUACGGAUCGACCGAGGAUGAUUCUACAUGGCUCGAGGAGCACGUGCUGGCAUCGGCCAAUCGCGUCGGCCUCGACCCGAGCCGGAUCGCUCCCGGAUCGCGCCUCCAGGCAGACGCUCUCCAGGUCCACGUGGCUCGCGACCACGGCAUCCCCGGAUACGUCCACUUCGUGGCCGACUGCUCCGGCCUCAAUUUCACGGUCGGCGGCGGUGGUUUCAGAGAUCUGGAACGUUUAAUGCGGACGUCGCACGCGAAACUCUUGGAAUCCAUCUAUUCUCGCGUGGAAGACAUAGAUCUUCUCGUCGGCGGGAUCUUAGAAGUUCCGAUGAGAGGAGCCACGGUGGGGCCGACGUUCGAAUGCUUGCUCAAGAGACAAUUCGUGAAGACCAGAAACUCCGAUCGAUUUUGGUACGAGAACGACAUCCCUCCUUCGGGCCUGACCCCGGCUCAGUUGGCCGAGAUCAGGAAAGUGUCUCUGGCCGGUAUCCUGUGCGCGAACACGAAGAUCGCGGAGAUCCAACCUAAGGCGUUCAUCCAACAGGAUCCGUACCUGAACGCAAAGAUCGAUUGCGAUCAACACGGCUCGCUGGACAUCGGCCCGUGGAGGGAGGAGCCUCUGCCCGAACCCGCGAGACCAGAGGAAGUCGGAACUGAGUCGACAAAACCGGGAUACGUGCCGGAGAUCGACGCCAGCUUGAUAGCGGCAGCCGUGAAGAAAGCGGAAGCCGAUCUGAUCGAGAGGAAACAGUUGGAGUACAAUUCGUGGCUGGAACAGAGGAUAGCCGAUCCGAAGUCUCCGGCUGGAACGGCGGCCAGCUUCUCCAAAGCGAACAGGGACGCGCUUCUAUUGGCCAACUCGUCGAUAAUGUACGAGUUGGCUACCAACGAGAUUCUGAACGGCGUGCACGGUCUGCGACGCAGGAAACGACAGGCCUUCGACACCACCGACAACGUCCUCGGCUUCCCAAACAACGACUUCUCCGACCUGCUUCAAAACGUCGAUAUCUCCGGAUUUCUGAAUCAAAAAAAGGCUACGAAUCACGACGAGGUCGAGUGCCCGGUGGACGACAGUCCUUGCGAUCCCACCAGCCCUUACAGAACGUUGUCGGGCCAUUGCAAUAAUCUUCGCAACCCCAGUCUCGGCAAAUCGUUGACGACGUUCGCCAGACUACUACCCCCGGCUUACGAGGACGGCGUCUCGAAGCCCAGAGUGACGUCCGUCACGGGGGCACCUCUACCGAAUCCCAGAGUGAUCUCCACGGUCAUACAUCCGGACAUCUCGAACCUCCACAAUCGAUACACCCUGAUGGUGAUGCAGUUCGCGCAGUUUCUGGACCACGACCUCACGAUGACGCCUAUCCACAAGGGAUUCGCCGAGUCCAUACCUAGCUGCCGUUCCUGCGACUCGCCACGGACGGUUCAUCCAGAGUGUAACCCGAUUCCGGUCCCUCCCGGAGAUCACUAUUAUCCCACGGUGAACGUGACCUCCGGCGCGAGGAUGUGCUUCCCGUCGAUGAGAUCGCUCCCUGGCCAGCAGCACCUGGGACCUCGGGAACAGAUCAACCAGAACACCGCGUUCCUCGACGCGUCGGUCAUCUACGGCGAGAACACUUGCAUCUGUAACAUCCUGCGAGGUUUCAACGGGCGAAUGAACGUCACGCAGAGCCCGCAUCGCGGUCACAAGGACCUCCUACCGCAGUCCCCGACGCAUCCCGAGUGCAAAGCGAAGUCGGGAUACUGUUUCAUCGGCGGCGACGGUCGCGCUUCCGAGCAACCCGCGCUGACGGUGAUGCACACCAUGUGGAUCCGCGAGCACAACAGGAUCGUCGAUGGUCUCAGACAGAUAAAUCCGCAUUGGGACGGAGAGAAACUGUUUCAGCAGGCGCGCCGCAUGGUCAGCGCGAUGCUGCAGCACGUCACUUACAACGAGUUUCUACCGCGAAUCCUCGGUUGGAACGCGGUCACGCUCUAUGGGCUGAAGCUUCUUCCUCAGGGUUACUACAAAGAGUACUCGCCCACGUGCAAUCCCAGCGUGCUCACCGAGUUCGCCAGCGCCGCUUACAGGAUCGGUCACUCGCUCCUGCGGCCGCACUUGCCGAGAAUGGACCGCGGCUAUCAGAACAUGGAACCAUCUAUUUUACUGAGAGACGGUUUCUUCGAUCCCGACAUGUUGUACCAGCACAAAAUGAUGGACGAGAUGCUGCGUGGCUUGGUGGCUACGCCGAUGGAAACGUUGGACCAGUUCAUCACCGGCGAGGUGACCAAUCAUCUGUUCGAGAUUCGUGGGAUCCCGUACUCGGGGAUCGAUCUCGUUGCGCUCAACGUCCAUCGUGCCAGGGAUCACGGGAUACCGUCUUACAACAAUUACAGAGCUCUCUGCAACCUCAAGCGAGCCACCACGUUCGAAGAUCUGUCCAGAGAAAUGGCACCGGAGGUGAUAGCUCGCAUGAAACGCAUCUACGCUUCGGUGGACGACAUCGACUUGUUCCCCGGUGGAAUGAGCGAGAGGCCUCUUCAGGGUGGACUGGUAGGUCCGACUUUCGCGUGCAUCAUCGCGAUACAGUUCCGGCAGUCGAGGAAGUGCGAUCGAUUCUGGUACGAGACGGACGACCCGAACAUCCGAUUCACCGAGCAGCAGCUCGCGGAGGUACGAAAGAUCACGCUGUCGAAGAUCAUGUGCGAGAACAUGGACGAGCACACCGAGAUGCAGCGAGCCGCGUUCGAUCUUCCGAGCAAUUUCUUGAACCCGAGAGUCCCUUGCGGCUCAAUGCCACACAUGGACCUGUCCGCCUGGAGGGAGACGAGGCACGGAUGUCAAAUCGGAGGGAGGAACGUCGCCCUGGGAGAAUCCGGCUUCCCCACGCCCUGCACCAGCUGCGUUUGCACGGCCGAAGGCACGCAGUGCGCUUCUCUGAGGAUCACCGAUUGCAAUCAGCUUCUGCGCGAAGCGUCUCGGGAGGCGAUCCUACGCGACGACGUGUGCACGGCUCAGUGCGGGUUCGUCCUCGCGGCCACGGAAGCGAACUCGAGGAUUCAGCAGUUCAGCACGCCGGCCAGUUUCCCCGGUUUCGUCGCGCAUAGAAACAGUUUGAGAAGCGCACCGUCGCCGGUCUCCUUCAACGGAUUCAAGCUGCCCGAUCUCUCGCAGUUCAUAGGCUGAGAACGCGAACACGCGUAGCGGGAGGACGCGUUAACAACGAGACUUUACGUAUAACUGGUCGCUUAUUAACUGUCGUACACGAGAUACUCACUGUCUUCCUUCGAGAGACCGUACCGACAACGACGGUCGAGUUCGAUUCCUAACGGGCCGCGCUUCAUCGUCGAAGACGACGUUUCAUAAAAGUGUACGGUGAACGGGUGUCGCGCAUUCCUCUGUUCGUUUCGUCUCGCGAACGGAAACCAUCUACGAGAUGAGCGGUUCGUUUUACUUUCGACGGAGAUCGUCCGCGAAGAGUGUCGUUCGAACUGUUUCAAACUCGUUUCGUAGAAGAUACCUCUCGUAUCUUACUUUUUUUACUUGUUACGUUUAGUACUAUUAUCUUGUAGACUGUAAGAAGUAUUUAAUGUACGGGAGGGAGUGGUAACGAGAGAGAGGUCAGUACGCGAAGCUGUUGUCGCCAGCUUGAAGGAAAAAUUUGUACAGUGAUCUCGUAGUACGUAAAAGUGAGGAACGAGGAGGACUUUAAAUGAAUCGUCACGGUGUUCGUCGACAUCGCGAAUGAACGCGUCAGAUGUUGUAUAUUGGAGGGAGAGUCGCGCAAGGACCGAGAAGGUGAAUCAUUUUUGUACUUGUAUAAUAAUUACAACGCGGAAAAUAACAAAUGCAAACGCAAAAUUUAAUUCCGAAUCGACUUUCUUUUCUUGUUUUUUUUCCUCCCUUCAUCGUUACACCUCUGUCCAAUUUUGUAGUGUACCAGCGACAUGUAUAACGUUAAUAAAUGUUAAUGUUUCUUUUUCC